GUGACACGGCCAAUAAGCUGUCAGUAAUCCCACGGUUAUUGUAGCGGGAAACUUUAUGAUAAACUGUAUCAUUUCAAACACAAUGUGAACAUUAAAGGAUUUACUGUAUAUUCAUAUUCCAGCUGUAUUGUGAAUUAUGGCUCAUAGACUGACUAAAGAGGAGUUGGAUCAACAGUUUGAGCAAUUCUUGAAAGAGUCUGUCUCUGAUGACUCUAUUGAUUUGGGCUCCAGCACCAAGCACCCUAGUGUCCUUGACAGCUUGGGAAAAGCACCUGUCAGGCCAGUGAAGAAGACUGCAGUGUCUGUGCCAUGGUGGCAGGAUGACGACGACAGUGAAGAGGGAACAGGGAUGUCGUCAACUGGGAAGUCCUUCCUGAAGUCUCUGAGGAAGACUCCAUCCAUUAAGGAGGUGGAUGAAGAGCAGCCGAAUGAGCUACUCUUGGAGGAUGAAGGGAAUAGAGACCUAGUCAUCUUUAGCAGAGACAGUCUUGAGCCUGAAGUACCAACUGCAGUUUCUCUAAAUCUGGACCUGUUGGAUGAAGAUGACAAUACCAGGUUUUUAUCCAAUCUAAAGAAAGAGUCCUCAUCCUCCAUUGACUAUUCCAGGCCGAAUCAAGAAAAGGAGCCAUCCACCCCCACCAGCCCACAAAAAAGAGAAGAAAUGGAUUCAACAAAUGAAGAACAGAGGAAAAAUAAAGACACCGCUGCAUCUCCUUCAUAUAGUGAAGAUUUUGAGGAAGAGGCAAGUGAGAAAAGUGAUGAGGGGCUUCAAGAGAAGAAACCUGAAAGACAUGGGAUGCUGGCCAAAGUGUCACUACAUGACUCUCUAAAUUCUACGGAUGGAGCAUUGCCUCCUGCAGUUCCAAAUUUGGCAGGUGGAAAAGAAAAAUGUCCAGAAGCCAAACAAACAGUGACGCCAGCACUGGAACCUGCAGUCCAAUCAUACGGUCAGAGUGGAGGGAGUGAGAUGGAGGCGCUGCAGGAGGCGUACAGGCAGAUCAGCAACUUAGCGGGGGAGUGUGAGGACGGACGAGCCGAGGGCAGCAGGACUCCCCUCUCUCUCACUACACUCCAACCUGUCUCCACUGAGGAGUCAGAUUUACCCACUGCUGAGGAACUGAUGCGGCCAAUUGGACCAGACUCUGGUUUCACCCGUGGCUUCUCUCUCCAGCCUAUAAUUGAGACUGUGCCUCAAGGCAGCGAAAUUCAUAGUCCAUUAAGGAUAUGUUCAGAUGAGAGCCCUUUCAGUUUCACUAAUGAGGACUGUGGAGGGGGUAAUACAGCUAGUCUUACAGGAGGGGAACAUCCAGCCUCCCUUCAGUACACUCGGAAGAGCAUCGCUGAGGAGAUCAAACGGCUGAUGCAGGAACAGGACAGCUCCUCUGUGGAACCUCCUCCUGUCAAACCAAAGAAACGCCAGGUUCCUUCUAGAACCAGUGCAUUUGCAUCUGCUUCCUCUAGAAAAACUCCUGUUCCAUCAACAAGGGCCAAAAAACCUGAGAGCAGGCUGUUACCCAGAGGACCUGCACUUAGCAAAACCGGCCAAGCUGCCAAACCUCCGUCUCCACUAACACAGAGGAAAGCUCAGAACCAGACCCUAAAAACGACUCACGACCUCAGUCAAACACAAGCAGUCAAAGGUUUAGACACAAGUUUAAGGCUAAGCAGUGAACUGGUGACAUCCGUGCAGUCCUUUGCUACAUUCUUACAGCAUCAGGUAGAAGCCAUCAGUCUGAAGGAUAAUGGCCAUCUCCGAGCAGACAGGAUCACACCCGAAUCAGUGACAGGACUUGAGGUGAUGCAAGAGAAUAUGGAUGGUGUUACGUCCUUUCAGCAGGAGCGCUCAUCACUGGAGCGUUUCCGUCUUCAGCUCGCCCAAAAAGAGAGAGAGCUCCAUCUGAGGGAAAACCAGUUACAAGAGGAGCACAAGCAAGAGCUGGCAGCACUCAGGCAGGAGAAUUAUGUGUUACAGAGCAAGCUACACUGUGCCGAAGAGGCGAGUAACAAGCGAAAGUGGAGUUUUGGCGAAGCUUCGGACCCUGUGACUGAAGAGAAACUCAAGCUCAUAGAGAAAGAGAUGAAGGAACAGGAGACUCUGAUUCAGGGUUACCAUCAUGAGAAUGAGAAGCUAUAUCUGCAAAUGAAAGCACUCCAAGCUCAAAGCAAACAAAGCGAGGAGGCUUUGUUCAUGGAAAACCAGAGACUUCUCACUGAGCUUGCCCUCACCAGGGACCGAUUGAACAUGAACACCAUUCAAAGAACCGUCGGAGGGAGAAGCAUUGCUGACCAAAGCUUCAGCAUUGCAGAGUUGACAAGUCAGGUACAAGCUGCACAGAAAAAGGAGGAACGACUGCAAGACGAGAUCCACAGGUUAAAACAGGAGAAACAAGCCCUGCACGUAGACCUGGAGAUGAUGAGGAAAGAGCGAGACCUUGCCAGAGUUCAGGCUGUCUGUACUUCAGGUGAUAAAGGUUUUGAGCUAAAGAUGCUCCAGGAAAAACAUCGGGAGGAGGUUGCAGAUAUGAAGAAGAGACUGCAGUGGUAUGCCGAGAAUCAGGAGCUUCUGGACAAAGAUGCAUCCAGACUCCGAGCCGCCACCGCUGAGACUCAAAGGCUCACUGAGCAGGUGGAAAAGCUAAAAAUGGAGGUCAGCAGGAGGGCCAAUGAGCAACAGAGAAAGGCAAAGGAAAGGGCGGGUGAAGCUAAAAGAAUCCAGGACCUGGAACGACAGCUUAAACAGAUGGAAGAGCUCUUGAAACGCAGGCAUCCAAACUCCCUGCCCGCCCUGAUUUUGGCUGCUGCAUCUGCUGGCGCAGAUGUUGAUGGAUUGGAUGUCCAUCCCCCAACUGCCCCUCAGUCCUCCCAGACAGCGGCUCUUCUGGAGAGACGUGUACAUCGACUGGAGGCGGAGCUAGAGGGCCACGAUGAAGCAGCCAAACGCAGUCUCCGAGCAAUGGAACAACAAUAUCACAGAAUCAAACUCCAAUAUGAACAGCAGAUCACAGAUCUGGAGCAGCGUUUGGCUGAAAAGAAUCAGAACAAUGAGGCCACCUCAUCAGAAUUGCCUGAAUCACAAACUCAGAGGUUAAAGGUGGAGCUGGAGGAAGUGAAGAUGGCCCAUCAGAAGAAAGAGAGCACCCUCCAGGCAGAGGUGGCCUAUCUGCAAGAACAGCUCCGCCAGGCCCAAUCUCUGACGCAAACGGACAAGCCUGCCCGCAGCCCCUCACGCCACCAGCUCAAUGCAGAGGCGGCACAAGCAUCACGCAUCGAGAGACUAACCCAGGAGCUGAGCUCAAAGAGCCGCACCAUUCAGGAGCUGAGUCGCACUGUAGAACGUCUGCAGAGGGAGAGGAGAACCAUGCUGUCGGGUCCUGGCUUCGAUCGUGAUGAGCCCAAGCGACAUUUGGGUGCAGCCAAAGAGCCCAAAAAACCCACAGCUGAGACUUUCCCCCCUACCCAAGAUGAGAAAGACUACCACCCCGGAGCGUUCUCGGGAUCACACAUCUCAGAGGUGCAACUGGAGAACGAUAGUUUGAAGAUGAGAUUGGAACAUCUAGAGAUACAGAGAGAUCAAGAGAAAGCUUCCUUGCAGGCUGCAGUCACACAUGCACAGAAUCAGCUCCUCAGGAUUCAGGAGCAGAAUGCUGAGCAACUCGCCUUGGUCAAGGCAGAGCAUCAAAAAGAGAUUGAACGCCUUCUAGCUUGCCAUGCCCUUGAGCAUUCCUCCUCCAAAGUGGCUGAACUCACCAAUCAAGUGAACACACAAGAGAUCAUAGUGCAGCAUUUACAGGGGCAAAUAAAGGAGCUCCAGGGAACCAAAGAUGCUCUGGCUGUGUCUAAAAUCAGAGAGGAGACCCUGCAGAAUCAGCUAUCAAAGCUUCUGGAAGAGCUGAAACAGGCCAAAGAAGCCCACAGUCCUGAACUAAGACACUUCACUAGCCUGGAGCAGAAGAUUCAGUCCAUGGAACUCCGCUACAAUCAGCGUGAGAAACAGCUUCAGCAGUGUGUUGCAGGUGAUUGCAGACACACGGCGGGUGGUGGAACAGGAGCAGCAGGGUGAAGUGGAGCGCUGGAGGAGACUCGCUCACAGCAGGGCUAAAGAGCUGGAUGCCUUCAGACUGGAGCUGGACUCUAUACUGGACGUGCUCCGAGAACUUCAGAGACAGGGUGUAGUCAUCCCCCUCCCCGAACACACCACCUCCUCCACCCCCCACACAUACCUGCCCCUCCAAUCCUGAGCUGCCUUUGCAACACUUUUUUGUAAAGAUUAUUUAUUGUCAAGGAACAUGCUGGGUAUGUAACAUGUUAGUAAUUGUAGCAUAAAUCCAAAUGUUUUUUGUAUUAAAGUUAAUUAUUAUGUGCACAAA